CACUUGGGUGAAUAACUAAACGCCUAGCACAUUUUGGGAAUGAGUUUAUAAUCUAAAUUGUAACAAACUUUAUUUACUCAAGAAAUAAAUAAACUUUUUACAAAAAGGAUCACUGAACAUUGAAAAAUUCAAUUGAGAGAAAUCAAUCAAAUUUUACCGCUAUUUCACUUUUGCUCUGACAUGCGCGCGACUCUUCUCGACGAUCGUUAUUGUCUGGCUAUAUACUCAGUCAGUGCACUCAUCAUAACAGUUUCACUGUACACACAUUUGACGUACCAAACAAAAUUAAGACUUAACCUUAUUUUUUAAUAGUGCGAGAGGUGCAGUGUUGUGAUCUUUUGAGGCAUACAUUUGCAUUUUUUCGUGACAAUUAUUCAUUGAAUAUCCAUAAAUAAUAGGACUAAUUCAAUCUCUUGAAUAAAAUGGCUAGUCAUUCUUCGGGUACGCCAGUCUCGCUGAUUCUGAAGAAUGCAAGUGCCGCCAGUGCAGUGGAGGAAGACGAGCCUCGCAAAAAAAGUCGCGAAGAUUGGCGUAAAGCAAAAGAACUCGAGGAAGCUAGAAAAGCCGGUACAGCUCCAGCAGCUGUCGACGAGGAGGGCCGAGAUAUCAAUCCUCACAUCCCGCAAUAUAUAAGCUCCACGCCAUGGUACUUCGGUGCAUCGGGCCCUACUUUGAAGCAUCAGAGACCUCAACCAGAAAAACAAAAAGAAUUUAGCCGUCUUGAUCAAUGGUAUAACAGGGGACAAUCAAAUAAGGUUGCCAAUAAGUAUCGCAAAGGUGCUUGCGAAAAUUGUGGUGCCAUGGGACACAAGAGAAAAGAUUGUUUUGAAAGGCCAAGAAAAGUCAUUGCCAAAUAUUCUAACACAAACAUUGCUCCGGAUGAGUAUAAUCAACCUAAUCUAGCCCUCGAUUAUGACGGUAAAAGAGAUAGAUGGGCAGGAUAUGAUCCUUCAGAACAUCAGUCUAUAAUAGAAGAAUUCCGUCAAGUUGAAGAAGAAAAGAAGAAGAUGAAAGCUGAGAAGCUAAAUUCAAAAGACGAGGAAGAGAAAGAAGAAGAUGAUUCUGAUGAAGAUGAAGAUAAAUACGUGGAUGAGGUGGACAUGCCCGGAACAAAAGUUGACAGCAAGCAAAGAAUCACAGUUAGGAAUUUGCGUAUACGAGAAGAUACAGCUAAGUAUCUCAGAAACUUGGAUCCUAAUUCAGCUUACUACGAUCCAAAAACUCGAUCUAUGCGUGAUAAUCCAUAUGCUGGAACUGACAGAGAAGUGGAUUACAAAGGAGAAAAUGCUGCACGAUUUUCUGGAGAUACAGCAGAACAUGCAAAAGCUCAAAUAUUUUCCUGGGAUGCGUCUGAAAAAGGAAUUAAUGUGCAUUUGUUAGCUGAGCCAACUAAAAUUGAACUUCUUAAAAAAGAGUACGACAAGAAUAAAGAUGAGCUUAAGAAUGAAGCUCGGCAUAGUAUAAUUGACACAUAUGGAGGUAAAGAACAUCUUGAUGCACCACCACGGGAACUUUUACUGGCACAAACUGAAGAGUAUGUGGAGUAUUCACGUACAGGAAAUAUUAUAAAAGGACAAGAAAAGUCUGUCAUUAGAUCAAGGUAUGAAGAAGAUGUUUAUACUAAUAAUCAUACCUCUGUUUGGGGCUCAUACUGGCACGCUGGCAAGUGGGGAUAUAAAUGUUGUUAUGCAUUUAUAAAAAACUCUUACUGCUGUGGCGCUGCGGGAAAGGAAGCAGCUGCAGCAGCAGCCCAACUUACUAGUUCAAAUAAUGCUCAAGAAGAAAAGGCGCAAAAAGAAGUUGAAAAAUUGGAACCAACCAGCGAACAAAAAGAAAAAUCAGCUGACGAGUCAUCUGACAAAGAAUCAUCCAGUGAAUCUUCGGAUGAUAAGAGAACAGUAACAGAGAAAAAAUCUCAGAAAAGUAAGAGAAAAAAUAAAAAACGAAAGCAGAAGGAAAAGAAAAAGAAUAAAUCCAAGCAUAAAGAUAAGCUCGCAGAAGCUAUUGAGAAAGAAGAAAAAAAUAUUAAAGCUGCAGAGGAGUUGUUGAAAUUAGACGAAAGAAAAAGACCUUACAAUAGUAUGUACAGUGUGAAAGAGUUGACCGAAGAAGAAAAAGAAGCUUAUCAAAUGAAACGUAUGCGCGAGGAAGAUCCAAUGGCAAAUUUUAUGAGCAAAUAGUUAUUCUGCUCAAACGUCAUUUUGUAAAUAAUAAUUAGUUAAGCUCUGUUCAAGUACGUUUGUAUAUAGAAUGUGUAUUCUUACUAUAAAACAAAAAUUAAAUACUGUGAAUAAAAGUAUUGAAAAUGUA